AUGGCGUACACGCCGUGGCUUCUUCCUGCUUUUCUUUGCAUGAUGUGCCCAGUACACGCCUGGAUUGCUGGUAACUUUUUGAUGACGGGUUCCAAGGCUUAUCUUACCUACGCCAAAAGCCUGCAGGUUGGCACGCAGAGCGGCAUCGAGGAGUGCAAGCACCAGUUUACGUGGGACAGAUGGAACUGUCCAGAAAGCGCUGUCCAGCUCAAGGGACUGAGACGCGCCACUCGUGAGACGUCAUUUGUCCAUGCCAUCAGUGCUGCAGGAGUCAUGUUCGUUCUGACCAGGAACUGCAGUAUGGGAGACCUUGACAACUGUGGCUGUGAUGUGUCAAGGAAUGGCAAAAUUGGUGGACAAGGAUGGCUGUGGGGCGGCUGCAGUGAUAACGUGGAUUUUGGUGAGAGGAUUUCCAAACAGUAUGUGGAUGCACAAGAGAGUGGUCAGGACUCGAGAGCUGCUGUCAACCUGCACAACAACCAAGCUGGACGUCUUGCCGUGAAGGCGACCAUGAAACGUAUCUGCAGAUGUCACGGCAUGUCUGAGAGCUGCAGCGUCCAAACGUGUUGGUCGCAGUUGUCCGACUUCAGAGGAAUCGGCGCUUAUUUAAAGGUCAAGCACAGUCAAGCCCAAAAACUGGACAUUGACAAAAAGCGCAAAAGGGCAGGGAACAGUGCAGAGAGCCGCGGGGCCUUGGUCGACGCCUUUGGCAGUGUCCCCGAGACCGAACUCAUCUACCUGGAGGAUUCCCCAGAUUACUGCAAGAGAAACAUCUCGCUCGGGCUGUAUGGCACUGAAGGCCGGGAAUGCUUGCAGCAUGGCGAGGGCCUGACACAGUGGGAGAGGAGAAGCUGCCGCCGUCUGUGCCACGAGUGCGGCCUGAGGGUGGAGGAGAGGCGAGCGGAGGUGGUGACCAGUUGCAACUGUAAGUUCCACUGGUGCUGCAAGGUCAACUGUGACGACUGCUCCCAAGUUGUGGUGAAACACGUCUGCACCAGGAGUGCAGCCACUGAAGGACACGCCCUCAGACGCCGACACCGUGGACCCAAGUAAGACGAGGUUGCGCGACAGUCUUAUCUGAUGAGGGCCGAUGUCUGAAUUGUCAUCAUCUUUGCACUUUUUAAUCAUCCUUUCACAUUGCGUGUAUUUAUAUUAACUUGUC